AUGGAGGACAGCCUAAAGCAGCUCAGCCUGGGGAGAGAUCCUGAGGGGUCAGGGGACAGCCAGGCCCUGGCUGAGCUCCAGGAGCUUGCCCUGAAGUGGUUCAUGGAGACACAGGCCCCCUUCAUUCUACAGAACGGUGCCCUGCCUCCCUGGUUUCAUGGAUUCAUCAUCCACAAGCAGACGGAGCAGCUACUCAGGGACAAAGCUCUUGGUUCCUUCCUUAUCCGCCUCAGUGACUGAACCACCGGCUACAUCUUGUCCUACAGGGGCAGCGAUCGCUGCCGACAUUUUGUUAUCAACCAGCUUCGAAACCGGCGUUACAUCAUCUCAGGAGACUCCCAGAGCCACAGCACCCCGGCUGAGCUUGUGCACCAUUACCAGGAGGCACAGCUCGAGCCCUUCGAAGAGACGCUGACUGCUGCCUGCCCCCGGCCAGAGGACAAUGAUCUGUAUGAUGCCAUCACCCGGGGCCUCCACCAGCCCAUCGUGGACCCAGAAAACCCGCCUGCCACGGCAUCCCCCACAGUGGUCCCAGACAAGGCCGCCAGCCCCUGCUCUUCUCCAAAGCCCCAGGUCUCCUUCCUCCACGCACAGAAGAUCCUGGAUGUGAGUCCCCGGAACCUCUCCCAGGAGGAAAGCAUGGAGGCUCCCAUCAGAGUGUCUCCACUCCCUGAGAGGAGUUCCUCCCUCCUGGAAGAGUCUUUUGGAGGCCCCAGUGACAUCAUCUAUGCAGACCUGAGGAAGAUGAACCAGGCACAGCUAGGCUUGGGCACAGAGGGGUCCGGCAGGCAUGGGCCAGUUCCAGCUGGCAGCCAGGCCUACUCCCCAGGCAGGGAGGCCCAAAGGAGACUCUCAGAUGGAGAACAGAACAGGCCUGAUGGCCUGGUGCGCGUCCUCUCUGGGGUGAGCUCAGACCAGGGUCCCACAGUGUCUCCCACUUCCUGGGGGUGUUCUGAUGCCAUGGGAUCCCUGGGGGCUACCUGGAGGCAGGAGUUUCCAAAGCUGAGCCAAGAGGCUCAGCCCUGCUCCCAGGGCAGCUCUGCAGAUAUCUAUGAGUUCAUCGGGACAGAAGGCCUCCUGCAAGAGCCCAGGGACACACCAGACCAAGAAGGCAGUACCUAUGAGCAGAUCCCAGCUUGCUGGGGUGGCCCAGCCAGGGCCCCACAUCCUGGGGCCAGUCCCACAUAUAGCCCAUGGGUCCAUGGGCCCUUGGACCAUGGCUACAAGAGGAUCUCAGGGACCCCAGGGCUCUCAGAGCCUGGGAACACCUAUAAGCAGACCCCAGCAACCAAGAGCAAGGAGACUGGACGGACACACAAGCCUGACAAGCUUCGGAGGCUCUUCUUCACGGACAGGAAGCACAAAUUCUGA